UUCUCUAUAUAAUAAGUUAUUACUUGAGCUUGUAGUUGCAUGAUCUGUUUUGGUUAAGCUCAGCGUCAUUGAUUGAUUAAGCUGUUCGAUCAUCAGUUACACUCCAAUGGAGUCAACAACCCCAAAUCGUUUUCUUCUCCUCCUUUUCUUCUUCUUUCUCCACACAAACCUAACCCUUCCAGCUCCUCUCUUCCCAAAAGAAGCUCUCCCCACAAAAUCAGGCUAUCUUCCGGUCAAUCCCAACUCCGAAUCCUCCAUUUUCUACCUCUUCUACGAAGCUCAGAAACCACUUUCAACUCUCUCCAAAACCCCACUUCUCAUCUGGCUCCAGGGUGGCCCGGGAUGCUCCUCCAUGGUCGGAAACUUCUUCGAGCUCGGUCCAUGGCGUGUCAAUUUCCACAAAAGACCCGACGAGCCACUGGCCCUCGAAUCCAACCCGGGUUCUUGGAACCGGAUAUUCGGUCUCCUUUUCCUCGACAACCCGAUCGGAACCGGGUUCAGUGUCGCAUCCAAACCCGAAGAGAUCCCCAGAAAUCAGACCGGAGUCGCCGAACACCUAUUCGCAGCCUUGAAGGCGUUUAUCAAAUCAGACCAAUCGUUCAAAACUCGGCCGAUUUACAUAACGGGCGAGAGCUAUGCCGGAAAGUACGUUCCGGCAAUUGGGUCCUACAUUUUGAAGAAGAACGCUAAGCUACCGAGUGCUGAUCGGAUUAAUCUAGCCGGAGUCGCAAUAGGAAACGCAAUGACCGACCCGGAAAUUCAAGUAACGGCUCACGCGGCGACCGCUUUCUUCUCCGGUUUGGUAAACGAGAAGCAAAAGGCCGAGCUGGAAAGUCUUCAAUCUCUGGCGGCGGCUCUGACGGAGGCCAGAAACUGGAGAGCGGCGACGAACGCGAGAAGCAGAGUACUACAAAGGCUCAAGAAGAUGACGGGGCUGGCCACUGUGAACGAUUUUUCGAAGAAGGCACCGUACAAGGACAAGAUGGUGGAGGAGCUCUUGCAAAACGACGACGUUAAGAAGGCGUUGGGAGUGAAAGGUUCUGUAGUUUUUGAGAAAUGUAGUCCUUUGGUGCGCGAAAUACUCCGCGAGGAUGUGAUGAAGAGCGCGAAGCACAUGGUCGAGUCGCUGGUGAAGGAGAGCAAGGUUUUGCUUUACCAAGGGAGUUUGGACCUGAGAGACGGCGUCGUUUCGACGGAGGCUUGGGUGAAGACUUUGAGUUGGGAAGGGAUUCGAAGCUUUUUAAAUGCAGAGAGAAAGGUUUGGAAAGUGAAUGGAGAACUAGCUGGGUAUGUUCAGAACUGGGGGAGUUUGACGAACGCCGUCGUUUUGGGGGCUGGUCAUUUGGCGCCGGCUGAUCAAGCGUUGAACACCCAAGCCAUGAUUGAAGACUGGGUUUUGGAUAAAGGACUGUUCCACAAGGGGAAUUACUCGAAAAGCUUUAUAAGGCAAAUUGUUAAGUAAUUUAGUGGUGUUCCUUAAUUGAAUAAGUGAUUUUAUUCACUAAAAACAAAACUAAUAUUUCUAAUUUCUCAAGUAUUUUUUAAAAUUUUUGAAUAAUUUAAGGUGUUAAAAUAAAAAUUUAAAUAAUUUUUUUUGUAUGCGCAUAAAAUAAAUGCACAUACAAUUUAAAUUAUUUGAAUUUUAAUUUUGACACCGUCUAAAUUAUUCAUAAUUUUAAAUAAAGUCUUUAUUGUAAAA